CGUAUGGGGAAGUAAAAAACGGAAAACAGCGCGCUUGUUUGAAAUGGAAAAGGCGUCUCGCUCUAUGAUGGCUACUAGAGACAGCAGUCACAUCAUGCUGCUGAAGGAAGAAGUGAGGAGUUUGUCUGAGGAGUUAGUGCAAUGCCAGGCUGACAAGGAGUUUGUGUGGUCCCUAUGGAAACGCCUCCAAGUAGCCAAUCCGGACCUGACCCAGGCCGUCAGCCUCGUGGUCGAACGAGAGAAAUGGAAAGCUGAAGCCAAGGACCGCAAGGUGCUGGAGAUCCUGCAGGCCAAAGACUACAAGAUCCAGGAGCUGGACCAGAGAGUGACAGGGCAGCAGCAGGAGAUCACCAACCUGGUCCAGAGGAAGAUGGCUGUGGACGAGGACAGAGGCCUAGUGAAGAAGGAGCUGGCAGCUCUGCGCCCGCAAGCUGGGGAAUAA